AUGAAGUCUGAAGACAUAGAACAUUUUGGAGAUGUCGGUUCUCUGGAUGAUAAUAUGGAUUCAUUUCUGUCGCAUGAUGGAGGAGAGGGAAGAGAUCUGUAUGGUACCUUAAAACCAGGUCUUACUGAGCAUAAAACAGAGUCUUCUAAGGGUUUUUCCUUUAGGGAAGUUGGUUGUAUAAGGACAAGGAAUAAAGUUACCUGCUGUCAUUUUUCUUCAGAUGGGAAGUUACUAGCUAGUGCUGGACAUGACAGGAAGGUUGUCCUCUGGAGUAUGGAUACACUGAAAACAGAAACCACACCGGAAGAACACCAAUAUUUGAUUACAGAUGUACGUUUUAGGCCAAAUUCGUCUCAGCUAGCAACAGCGUCAUUUGACAAGUCUCUGCGAUUGUGGGAUGCGGCUAAUCCAAGUUAUUGUUUAAAUGCAUACACCGGGCACCCUAAUCAUGUUAUAUCCCUGGAUUUCCAUCCCAAGAAGAACAAUCUUUUCUGUUUUUGUGAUAGUAACAAUGAAAUUCGCUAUUGGAAUAUCAAUCCAUUCACUUGCGCUCGUGUUUCUAAGCAAGGAGGCAGUGCUCAGGUGAGAUUUCAACCAAUAAGUGGACAUGUACUGGCAGCAGCAUCAAAUAAGGUGGUGUCCAUCUUUGAUGUCGAAACUGAUAGACAAACUCACACAUUCCAGGUUUGUAUUUGUCUUCUAUUAUUCCAUUGAUGAUUAUGUUCUGUA